AUGCUUAAUUUACCCCUUCCCAGCUCCAUAACUUCUUGGCUGGUCAAUUCACAGGAUCCCGAGCCAGUCCAAGGUAGCUCCAGCGUUGAGAAGCCUUCUACCGACAAGGAUACAUACCCGCCAAGUGGCGUGCUUGGUGCUACCCAUCGCACUCAGCGCUCCGAUCCCCUGCGACGGUUUUCGAACUAUCAUGUCGAAGAGAACAGCGGGGAAUUUUCUCGGCCUAAACAUGAACACCACCACCACCAUCUCGGGCCGAUAAGCUGGAAAAAACUCACUACCUUGUUUCACCCACACCUCGUCAUAUCCGAAUCGAGCCCAACAUAUCGCAUUCUCCCCAUUUUUUCCGGAAUCGUAGUCCCAUUCUCAAUUCUUCUUGAUAUUCCAAGUCUCAGUGGUCACUGGUACGUCAGAACUGGUCCGAACAGCGAAACAAUAGAAACCCGACCGAAUCCGCGCCUGCUCAACGUUGCUAUGGCCGUGAGCAUGGCUUUCGCGCUAUUUGCAUGCAUCUGCUUGGUGAUUAGAUUCACGGAAAGGGCGGUGAAGUUGAUGACCAUCCUUGCCAUCAUAUCCCUCACCGCGCACGACGUCAUCAGUAUCAUCGCGGUAACUGCGUUUGGUAUAGGUCACCGCGACGACGACGGAUUCACCUAUGGACAGUCAUUCUGGAUGGCACUCUGUGCUACGUUCUCCUCGACAGUAACAAACGUGACCUUGCUGAUUGAUUAUGCGUGGACAAAAAAUUUCAGCAAAAGCGGGAGUGGGUUAACACACAAGCAGCGGUCUUUGGUUAUCAUCGUCAUCGUUCUCCUCUGCUACAUCGCCCUGGGAGCACUGGUUUUAUCUGUGAUGAUGAAACUUAACUUUAUCGACGCCCUAUAUUUGGCUGUUGUUUCCAUUGAAACAAUUGGAUUUGGAGAUCUACACCCGUCAUCUACGGCAUCUCGGGUAGUUAUCUGUUUCUAUAUUACAUUUGGGAUCCUCAAUCUCGCGCUCGCUGUUGCUCUCUCCCGUGAGGCCGUCCUUGAAGCGGUAGCUAUAAACCUCCAGAAGCGAAUUCGAGGGAUUCGCACGCGCGACCGUGAGCGACGUAUUAACCACCGCUGGAGGGGCGCAGUAAAAUGGCGACUGAGAGCUAAAAGGCUGCCCAUUUGGGUCGAGGAGGAACGAAAUGACGACGAAUGGUGGAAAGCGUUUUGCUUGAGAAGUAGAAACGACACGACAUGGAAGUAUACGCACGGUGGUCCGAGGCACAAGCGGCUGAAUGUUGAAGCCCUUUCUCUGGCGCAGCUAGAAGCCGCGGCAAUGGAAGCUGGGGCCCCGCUUGCUAGCCUCUUACCGCCCAAUUUCAGAUUAAGCGACGAGGACAACGCUGCUGGGGGGUGGCAUCCAAGUGAACCUGUAGGAGGGGGUGGAGGGACCGGUGGUUCCCCGUUGACGCACAUUCGACUCGGCAGAAUGCUAGCUCUCUUGGGAAAUUUUGCGCUGGCCAUGGGACAUGGCGAACAUGUCGAUCACAUACACACUGAAGAAGAAGAAGACUCAUAUGACGAUCAUGAGGACAGCGGUUCCUAUCACGGCGUCCCACUCACAUAUACAAUGACCAUGGACCCCGACGUGUUUGACGCGACCGUAGAAGCAGAGGAGGAAACUGCUUUUUAUGCGCGCUUAUCUGCGGCGUUCUUGUUAUUCUUUAUGUUUUGGCUGGUUGGAUCUGCCAUUUUUAUGAAGACGGAGGGAUGGCGUUUUGGUACGGCCGUCUAUUUUUGUUUUGUUGCAUUCACCACAGUCGGAUAUGGUGACCUUUCUCCAAGCACACCGGCCGGACGUUCCAUUUUUGUCGUUUGGGCUCUCCUGGGAGUCGCUACAAUGACGAUCCUUAUAUCAAUCUUGACCGAGGCAUACUCAAUAAACUACAAGAGCGCCAUUCGACCGCAGGGCCAACAGCCACUGUUAAGUCCGUACAUUAAUGAAGAUAAUUCCCGUCAGCGCUUCCAUGAUUCUCGCACGAUGGUUGGAACGUCGCUAAACUUCACCCCCACAACCAACCAAGAACACCCUGCGUCUCCGAUAUCUCCAAACUCCCCACUCACAUUUACUCCGCGAGGUCAAAAGUUUAGUACUACAGCCCCCAAUGGAACAGAUAUUUUACGAAACAACUCCUUCAUAGAACAAGACUUCGCGACACCGCCCUCCGCUGGCACAAGCACCACACUUUUAUCUCCAGCCCCUAUCCGACAUAACACCCGAACAAAUACCAUCAAUACUUCUAACCCUGAGCAUUAUGAGCUGGGUAGAAGUAUCAAGGGAAAGCUUCACGCGCUUCCUCACCAUAUUUUAGAGCGCGUUCAGAGGGCGCGCACGGUAGUGGCUGCGGGAAGGAAAGAGAAUAUACAUAAAUCCGAACCCGAUGGUGACGGAAAACAUGGGAAUAGAAAGGUAGAAAUUUUGUUGUCAAAUAUCGAACGCAUUUGGACCAUGAUCAUAAACCUUCCCAUCCAUGAAAUUCAAGGACUCGCUCCAAAGUUCACGACAUAUUCAGACCUGUAG